AUGAUGCGUGCAGUCCUGAGUCUCUGGAUCUUAUUAGCAGUGAUCUGUGUGGCUGAAGGUAGACGCCGUAGACCUUGGAUACAUUCGGGACGUCGGACAGCCAGCGACGUUUCACUGGUGGCUUCAGCAAACAAAGACUUUGCCUAUCACCUGUACAGGAAGUUAGCAGCUCAGUCUGACUCGCAGGGCAAGAACAUCUUCUUCUCACCGGUCAGUGUGUCUGUUGCUUUGGCUGCUUUGUCUGUUGGAGCACGAGGGGAGACCCACCGGCAGAUCUUCACUGGUCUGGGGUUCACCAAUCCCAUACUGACGCAGACGUUCGUGGACCAGGCCUUCCGUUCGCUCCUCGGCUGGGCGACCCAAGCGUCUACAGACACCAGUGCAGGGGGCGCUGUGGUCCUGGAUAACCAGUUCAAGCCGAAGAAGGAGUUCCUGGACGUCUUAAAGAAGUCUUACUUUGCAGAUGGGAUUGAAGUUGACUUUAGUAAAACCAAAGAAAGUGCCAAUACCAUCAAUACGUACGUGGAGGAGAAGACCAAUGGGAAGAUUAAUAAGCUGGUGAAAGACUUGAACCUGGACACAGUCAUGUAUCUCAUCAGCUACAUAUACUAUAAAGGAAAGUGGCAAACUCCAUUUGAUCCUAAGCUCACCAAGGAGGACACCUUCAACGUUGAUGAGAACACCAAGGUUCCUGUCCAGAUGAUGAAUAUGGAGCAGGAUUUUGACACCUGUUACGACCAGGCGGUUAAAACGUCGGUGCUCCAUCUUCCCUUCAACAGCACCUCCUCCAUGCUGCUGCUGUUGCCUGAUGACAUGGCGACGCUGGAGAAAGCUGUCUCUCCAACACAAAUCACCAAGUGGCUCAAACAGAUGAAGUCCAGGACCUAUGAUGUGUAUCUUCCGAAGUUCUCCAUCAAGACGACUUAUUCCCUGAACGAUGUGUUGGCUGAAAUGGGAAUGACCAACAUGUUUGGUGCUCGAGCAGAUUUCAGCGGCAUUUCAGAGGGAGAGAAACUGGCUGUGUCAAAGGUUGUGCACCAAGCCACUCUGGACAUUGACGAGACCGGAGCCACAGCUGCAGCAGCUACAGGCAUCGAGAUUGUCCCUAUAUCGCUACCUCACGUCCCCGUCUUGAAGUUUGAUCGGCCGUUUAUGGUCCUGAUCACGGAGCACCAAACAGAAAGCAUCCUCUUUAUGGGCAAGAUCAUCAACCCGAACAUCUGAAGGACUGAACUUUGUUAAACUCUGCUGUGUAACUGAGUGUGUAGAGAACAGUGUUUGCAAGAGUUUUAUAUGUUU